CGAGGAAGCGGAAGCCGAGCAAACAAGAAAAAGAAGAGGCUUGAGAAACAUAUAAACAAAUAAAGAGUCAAAGGUGGUUUGUCUUGUUUGAGAUUGGAGAGAAAAUUGAAUUGCGUGAGUGAAAGUUACAUCAACCCCUUACGCGCAAACCAAUUCCAAUUCCCUUUGCAAGCAAGCAAUCUCAGAUAGCUGAUUCACACAAUCCCUUUCUCUGCUGCUAAUUGGAAUCGGCAUGGUCCAACCGGCGCCGGCGAUGACUCAGUUCCUCAACUCCGUCCUCUCCCAGCGCGGCCCCUCCGCCGUCCCCUACUCCGAGGACACCAAGUGGCUGAUCCGCCAGCACCUCGUGGCCCUCACCACCGCCUUCCCUUCCCUCGAGCCCAAAACGGCGUCGUUCACUCACAACGACGGCCGUUCCGUCAACCUCCUCCAGGCCGACGGCACCAUCCCCAUGACGUUCCAAGGCGUCACCUACAACAUCCCCGUCGUCAUCUGGCUCAUGGAGUCCUACCCUCGCCACCCGCCCUGCGUCUACGUCAAUCCCACGCGCGACAUGAUCAUCAAGCGCCCUCAUCCUCACGUUAACCCUUCUGGCUUGGUUUCCGUCCCUUACUUGCAGAAUUGGACUUACCCUAGCUCCAACCUCGUCGAUCUUAUUCUCAAUCUCAGCCUCCACUUCGGCCGCGACCCUCCUCUUUAUUCCCAACGCAGACCUAACCCUAACACCAACCCCAACCCCAACCCCAACCCCAACCCCAACCCUAAUCCCACUCCUCAUCCCCAUCCUCCUCCCAAUUACGGAAACUCUUCUCCCUCUAAUUUAUCGUCAUCUUCAUCUGGAUAUCCCCACGCCCAUGCCCACCCUCCUCCAAGGACUUACCCUCCUUCCCCUUACCCUGCUCCUUCUUCUAGGGUUCAGUCCACUGAGGAUCCUUCUGAGGUUUUCAAGCGCAACGCUAUUAACAAGCUUGUGGAGAUGGUUCAUGGCGACGUUGCCGCUUUGAGGAAGACCAGAGAAGAUGAAAUGGAGGGGCUGUUUAGUUUGCAGGGCGUGCUGAAACAGCGCGAGGAGAGUCUCAAUAGGGGUGUGAAGGAGAUGCAGCAGGAGAUGGAGGCUUUGGAGCAGCAGUUACAGAUGGUGUUGAUGAAUACUGAUGUUUUGGAGGGGUGGUUGAGGGAUAAUCAGGGGAAGAAGAUGGCCGGUUUGGAGAAUCCCGAGGAUGCUUUUGAGUGUGCGGAUGUGCUCUCCAAGCAGAUGCUUGACUGUACUGCUGCUGAUUUGGCGAUUGAGGACACGCUUUACGCGUUGGAUAAGGCACUUCAGGUUGGAGGUGUGCCAUUUGAUCAGUACUUGAGGAGCGUGAGGGCCCUGUCCAGGGAGCAGUUCUUUCACCGCGCCACUGCCGCCAAAGUUAGGGCUGCUCAGCUGCAGGCUCAGGUUGCCAAUAUGGCUGCUCGGAGUCAGCAUUAUGGUUGCUGAGGCUCGCAGCAGCGCCAUCUGGUUUGGUUUGUGGGUGGUUCAGAUGAUGAAAUCUGCCAUUGUGAGUACAGAACUACGGAUUGGUAUUUUUGUUGCUUCACUUUGAGUCUGUGCUUCUAGUCAAUAGCAUGAAUUGGUCACCCUUAUAAUUACAGCCUUCAACAGCUUUUGAAAUUGUUAAUCAGGGGCUGUACCAUUGUUCUUAUACAAACUUAAUAAUAUCAUUUUCUUGAAAAUUUUGGUUUGAGGGUUUGUUAGCUCCAGCUUCUUUUUUCUUUUUAUAAUUUUAUUGUUUAGGAGUAUACAUGCUUAUGGAUCAUAGAUUGUUCCACCCUGUAUUUUAAAACAAUGGAUAUUACCAUGGAUAUAUAUUUUUCUUUGUGUUUCUGAUUUUCA